AAAAAGCGAAAAAACUCAAGACAAAUAUUUUUAUCCAGAAUGUCAUCAUCAACAACGACAACAACAACAACAACGGUCAUGUCAGCGUCGUCAUCAUCACCCACAUCUACAACACGUACAUCUGAUUGCCGAAAAUUUUCACCGAACAUUUUUAAUAAAAGCAAAUGCAGUCAUUGUUUCCGUCAACGCGAAGAACACAGUGCUGCCGCUUUGGAGUGCAAUAGGCCGGUCAUAAUUAAAACAGCUUCUCGUAAAGUUUCCAAAUGUGGUUAUUUAUUUGUGGCACCUGAUUGGGACUUCAAUAAUCCCCUUUAUCGCACCAAGAGAUGGCAGCGAAGAUGGUUCGUUUUGUAUGAUGACGGUGAACUCACAUAUUCGGUGGAUGAGCAUCCAGAAACCGUGCCACAAGCUUGUAUCGAUAUGACUAAAGUUUUGGAGGUCACUACAGCCGAAGAUGUAACGGGUCAUAUCAAUUCUAUUGCUGUUACUGGACCAGAUCAUGUGACCUUCGUAAAGGGCACUUGUUCUGAGGAAUCCAAAUGGUGGCUGAAUAUAUUGGUUGCCUUUCCCAAAUCUAAAGGCCGCCAUAAACGAAAUGCAACAUUUCCAGGCACGCAAGCGACCACAAUACUGCAGUCGACAAAUUCAGAUGCAUGUUCCGCUUCAAAUAUAGCCCGCAAUCGUCACAAUUCAUAUCACAAGGACACCUUAACGUCCACUCAAUCAACCGGUCUCAUACCUACCGGCUUAAAUCUUAAUAAAUCGUCAAACAUUAACGUAACGGAGAAAAAUUCAAUUUCUUCGUCAAUAUCGGUAACACCAACACCAACAACGGUUACGACAACGGCAACAACAACAGCAAUUCUACGGAACAGUAGCAAUAACGGUAAUUCAAAAUUAUGGUCACAUAACGAUGUUGUCGUAACAACAACCGCAGCAGCAACAACAGAAAUAUCUACAAAACAGACAACUGCCACCAAAACUUCUGCAGGCGUUUCAAAAACUAAACAUAGUUUAACUACAACCACAAAUACUACUACUGCUGUUGUUGUCGAUGACGAUGAUGAGGACGAUGGCGUUGAAACCGGUGAAGAUGAUGAUGACGACGAGGAGGAUGACGAAGUUGAUGAGGAUGAUGAAGAUGCUAACUCGACCGGUGAGGAAUGCCAUACUAAGGAUACACUAACUACAGCAGUUACAAGUGUUUGUGAUGAAAACAAUCGCAAUGUCGUGAAUGAAAUUAAAAAUAGAGUUUCACCACCUUGCCUUCUUAUUGAGGAUAUUCGGCGAGAUGAGAAAACGAUUAAAGAUCUCGCCAAUACAAUAACGAAUCUAAGUCAACAGCAGAAGACACGUUGGACUACGACGGCAGUAAAUAAUGUUCUCAAUAGUCAUUUACAUCAUCACACAAAAUCGACGGGUACAACGCAACAACAACAACAACAACAACAGCAGCAGCAGCAGCAUCAACAGCAACCACAGCAUGAAGAAAACAAAUCACGGGAUGAAACGGAUUAUUAUUGUAGACCGACAAGUAAAAAUUCUACAACAACAGCCUUAAGACCAAAGUCAUUGCCAUUGGCAGCCAAUUCGACACCCGCCAUAGUCUCGGCAAUAGUCAAGAAAAUACCACCCGUUCUAGUAACAGCAUCUAAUGGUAUUGCCAACACCAACACUAAUAAUAGCACUAAUAAUAACACCAAUAACAACAACAGAAGCAAAUCUAGUCCUCGUUUACAACAAUUGAAACAUUUUCAACAUCAACAACGCCAAAGCAAUCAGCAGCAGCAGCAGCAGCAGCAGCAGCACCAACAGCAAAAUCAACUUAGUCGACACCAGAAACAAGCUUUAGAACGUGGCGAUCCAGAUGGUGGCUGCAAUUUAGAUGAUCUCUCUUCUAACUAUCUGGCUAAAACAGUGGAAUUGCGUGUGAAUCCGCCACCACCCAAUACCGCAGCAAAAUCAUUGCCGGUUGAUGAGUCUCUUAAUGCCAAAAAAGGUUGGCUAAUGAAACAAGAUAAUCGCACUGGCGAUUGGACCAAGCAUUGGUUCACAUUAAGUGGUGCUGCUUUAUUCUAUUAUCGUGAUCCAGUUUCCGAAGAACGUGGCGUAUUGGAUGGUGUGCUCGAUGUGAAUAGUCUCACUAAUGUGGCCGAAGUUAAUGCAAACCGUAGCUACGCUUUUCAGCUUACCUCGUGGGAUAAACGGCGCCUAACUUUAGCCAGUCUUUCACCUAACUCACGUAAUAGCUGGAUAGCAAUUCUUACAAACGCUGCAGGUUUGCAAAACACGAUAAACACUGGCAAUAACACUAGCAACAAUAACAUUAAAAGCAACAACAAUGGUAAUAGUCUAACAAUGCAUCAUUCCACCGCUGCAAUGGAAAAUAAUAACAGCAGCAAAGCAUUGCCUACCACAAAGCUCAUUAUCAAAGAUAAUAGCAAUAACAACGAUAUAAAAAGUGAAAUUGAAAAAGAUUUCAUGAAGGCUCAAUGCGUUAUGCAAAAUUAUACCGAAUCCCCUCUCACUUCCACUAACAAUGCAAAAAAAAUAACCGCUGAUGUUAGCCCGCAAUUAAUCAUUACCAAUGUAAUUGGAAACAAUCCGAAGUGUUCGUUACCAAGCCCCAACCCUCCAUUAACUUCGAGGAACAACGUGCAUUUUUCAUCGGAUGAAGAAUACCGAACAGCUUCGGAGGGAGGGCGACGUGAUAGCAUAGGCGAUUGGGGCUCGCCUCAAUCACCUUCUCCGCCUUUACCGUCUUCUUUGGCACAGAGAACAAAGGAUCGAAUGCGUACACGGUCCACAACUCCUUGCCAUCGUAUGCAUAAACGUAGUCGUUCCUCACCUCCAACAUCGCGCCAUAGUACUAUGGACAGUGUCGGUUCAGAUGAAUUACCUCCGAUAUCAACGGUUCAGGAAGAAAUUCACCUUAAUCUCGACAAGGAACUGCAGUUUCGUUUGAAUGUGGUAGAAAAGGAGCGUGAUUUGUUAAGAAAUGAGGCGAAAGAACGUGAAACCCGUAUGUCCGAACUGCUGAAUACCUUGGAGCGAACCGAACAGGAAUUAAACAAUCGAAUUCACGAAAUGGAGGAAGUUCGCGAAAACUUGAAUAAUCAGCUAGAUGAAGCCAAACGCAGUGCUGGUGAAAUCAUAGCACGACUAACUGAUGAAUUAGAAGAAGGUCAAAAGAAAAUCAAAGAUCUGGAUGACCGUUUGUCUCGAGGAAUAGAGGAAAACGAAAACCUCUAUAAACGUUUAAGAGAGAUGGAAACUUGCAGUCCCGCCAGCUUUAUCAAUUUGCAGAGAACUAAAAUGAAACGCAUGGAUUCCCUUAGUGAUCUGACACAAAUUAAAGACAUCGAUCCUUACGGUCUUCAAAGAGAUAAUCUAGCCGAGGAAUAUAACGAAUUAAAAGGAAGAUUUGAAAAAGCUGUAAAUGAAAUACGUGCCAUGAAGAAAGAGCUCAAAGAAUCACAAAAUCAAUAUGAUUCCUUGGAAAUUUCUUACGCUUCCCUCAAGCAGGAUUUGGAACGAAAAGGUCUGGAAGACCAAGCUCAGUUACACAUGAUGGCUGCCCGAAUACAAGAUCUCACCUUAAAAUAUAGUUCGUCCGAGCGUCAAGUAAGAAGUCUAAAGCAAAAACUUUCAAAGUCUGAACGUCGACGUUCUCUGUCCCUUAAAGGUAAAGAGCAACUGACAGUGAGCAAGGAGCUGGAAGUAAAACUUGGAGAAUUAGAGAACAAAAUUGAUGAAUUGGAAAAGAGUCACCCGGCGGACAACAAACAAAUGAGCUUUGAUAAAAGCUCAAAUUCUCGUCAUCCAAGUAAAAAGACUUCUCGUAGACGCUCUUUAGAGUCGAAUGUAAACAGUACGCCGUUAGCUUCCCCGGAAUCCAUGCAAAUUUUGGUUAGAGUGAAUGAUUUGGAGAAACGUUGCGACGGCAUAAGUAGUUCACGCAGUUCUUCAACCACCACAACGCCGAUUUCCUGUACGCCUACAUUAGAUACGACUAGUCGUAGUUCCGGAGUUUCCGGCCACGUUCGCCUGUCGGAACAUUUAAUGGAUCGACUCAAAUGCUUGGAAUCUGUUUUGGUUGCAAGUAAAGAUAGUUUAGAACAAAGUUUAGUUCAACUACAAAACUUACGUUGCGCUCGUACGCGGCGCUCAGUAUCCCCUAUUACCGAAAGGAAAGAUUCAUAUCGUUUUGUAGAGCGUUGUCUGCACGAGGUAGUCAAGUUAAUACGAGAUACUACCGAAACUUGUGUAAUUAGUGGCGAGAAAUGUGAAAUGUUGCCAAAUGCCUUCAUGUUACCUGAUUCUAGUCCUGUUAAACUAGCCUUGACGCAAUUAGAAACGCAAUUACGUUCUAAAUUAGCCGAUCUAUUAAAGCAGAGACGUAUCUUACGAGAACGCAAUGAACUAACAAAACGAAAGGAUUUGGAACUCCUAGCUGAACGUAUAGCUUUUGAGAGUGUCUGCUUCGGUAAAUUAAGGGACUCAAUGCAAAGAGCUGAAAAUCCCGAACUUUUCACUGAACGGCAAACUAGAGCCGAAGUGGCUGAAACUUCGCAUCUUAUGUCCAUGCUUAAGUCAAAACUGCAGGGUAAAUGUACUAUCAAAACAAGCGGAAGCUUAGAUAUUUUGGCGGGAGUAUUAGCCAGGAGACUGAUGCUAUCGACUUUCCAUAAAACGCAAACUGGACACAGCGCACAGGAUGUAAAAUUGAGCAUGGAACCGGUAGACCAAAAUAUUUUAGAUGAUUUGUUACGUCAACAAAAUGAAAUCAACGUUAUAGCUAAACGUUAUAGGAAUAAUGCUAUGGAAAAUUUAGCUACAAAUCUAGCGGCAGAGACCCUUAGCUACAUAUCUACCAAUGACUUGGUUCAAGGGACGGUGCAGGAAGCUUGGCGUCAAGCUCAGGAGACGGUAAACGCUGAACUGGUACAAUCUGAAAUUGCGCAUAUAAUGAUGAGAAAUGCCGAACGACUAGAGAGUUCACUUAUACCUUCCUUCGGUUACACCUUAACGUCAGAGGAGCGUUUAUCAUUUGAAAAAUUCGCAGAUGCAGUCCACGAUGUUUUGCGUAGAGAAAUGGAAUUGGCAGUGACGCAACUAAGCCAAUGCUACGAAGAUGCUGUGCAACAAAUGAAACGAGGUCAAUGGCGUUUACAUCUGCAACAGGAGCGUAAAACAUCUGAAGGUCGACAAUUACUGUCGGAAUUUGCUGAUGUUGUAGCACACAAGGCAUUGGUGGAUGCCAGAGUUGAUGUCCUAAAAGGAGACUAUGCCAACCAAAAUACCAGUAAAAUGGAAAACAAUGAAAGCCAAGGUCACAAGCUUGGUAUAACUGCUCUGCAGAAAUACGAAGAUCUGUUCGAAGAAUUGUCAACAGACUUGCAAAUCGACAAUCCCGAUGAUAUUCUAAUGGAGGCUGACUUCGAAUUUACUUAUAAACAAAGAACAGUCGAUUUUUUCAAUGACCGUCAAGUCUUAUGUGAUAUCUCGACUUUUUUAAGUCAAUUGGAAGAUUCACUUAUCGCUUUGCAAUGCGAAGCCACCUCCGGAAAUGAUGAACAAAUACCACGUACUGAAAUCUCCAUAGAAAGUUUACAGGACGUCUGCCAUAAAUGCUGCGAACUGCGUAAACGGGCUGAUCAACUAUUGCAAGAAGUUCAUCGCAAGCUGAAUGCCACAUGUCAGCAUUGUAUGCAGAUUCGCGAAAAAUUGCACAGCUUGCAAGAACAACAUCAAAGUGAAAUUUUGCGCUUGCAACAAUCGCAUGCCAAAGACGUAAGUGCCUUAAUGCAACAAGUCGAACAUCAACUUACAUCACUAAGGUGUUUGGAGACCGAAAAGAAUGCAAUCAAUGGUGAUUUGCACAAAAGCGAAGAACUGAUAGAAAAGCGUGAACGCGAACUGACGCUUAUGAAGCAAAAUUUACAUGACACCGAGCAGCAACUACAUGCACACCAAAGUGAACAUAACUGUCUCCUACAACGUCUACGAGAGAAAGAGGAAAAAGUUCGCAUAUAUCGGGAGGAAAACGAUGCACUUAACCUGAAAUGUGCCCGUCAAGAUGAUGAGUAUGUUAUAUUGCUGCAAGAGCGUGAUUACUUGCAAAAUGAAUUAGCUAAGGAGCAAGAGCGCAGCAGACGUUUUGAAAAACGUUUAGAAUUGUUGGAAAGGGAACACAGCAAAGAAAUGGAAUGUUUACAACAAGCGUAUCGUGACCAAAUGUUAGCUCAUUGCUCCGAUUUUUCAAAUGCCAUUGACGAAGACAGCUUUCAUCAACGAUAUCAAACAGAAAUUGAUCAACUAAGAACGCUGUGCGAGAAGGGACUCUCAGCUAUGGAAUCAUCACACAGACGCACAAUUAGCGACUUGGAAGGGAAACAUAAACAAGAAAUUGAACGUUUACUGACUGAGAAAGAACAAGCUUUAGCUGAGGAAACUCAGGCAACAUUAGCUGCUCUGGAUGCGAUGCGUAAAGCACACCAAAGUGAGGUGCAACGUGAAGUUGCACGCUUUAAACAGGAAUUCCUUAAACAAUUCCAAUCGAAAGGCGAACGUACGCCAGACACGGCCAAAGCGAAGGAAGAAGAACUUGAAGAAUUGCGUCAAGAAAUUCUAUCAUUCUCUGAAAAGUAUUCUAUUAAGUGUGUUGAAAAUGCUGCUCUGGAAGAGAAAUUACGGGUUGCCAAUCAAAAGCUGAAACAUUUUCAGCAAAUGCAGCAAUUGGAAUUAAGAAAUAAACAAUUCCGUGCUCAUUUGGCGAGCGAAAAUCCCUCCAAUGAUGUGCAGUUUCUUCAAGGUCUUAGUUCUGCUAAAACCGAUGGCGAUGAAGUUUCUGCCCAAGACAGUGAGUUUUACAGAAAUUUUACGAAAAACCGCUAUAAAUGCCCCAAUCAAAGGUCAUAACGAAAAUGUCGACGACGAUAUUGAUAAUAAACAGCAGCCCCAGCAACAACAACAUGAAAAACAUCAUCAUAACAAUAACAUUUCAGAGAAGAGCAAUAACAACAGCAAUGACAGGCAAUUGUUAAAGGAAACGGAAUUUUUCAAAAACAACAACAACGAAAGUAGCAGCAACAUUCAAUCUAAUUUAUCAGCACAUUUGCACAACAACAAUAACAACGAGAACAACUGCAAAACAUUUGCCGUCGAUGUAUGCACUAAGACGAAAAGAUCCCGCAUAAGUUCUCCCCCUCCCUUAGAUGGAAGGGAUGUAGAGCUAAGCAUCAACACUAACACUCCAAGUUUCACAAGCAGCACUAAUAACACCAACACCAGCAUCAUAACUACUAUCACGACCACCUUAGAUUACACAAACUCAUUAAAAAAUCCACACAUGAAGCGUUUUGAAUUACAACUAUAAUAAAAAAUUAAAAUAUACAAGAGUCGUUUAUAUAUACGUAUGCAUAUGUAUACUCAUUUUCUUUCAUAAUCCAAUCCUUUCAUCUCUCUCUCUCUCGCUCUCUCUCUAUUUUUCUCUCUUAUUCACACUCUAUACACAGAACCUCUGUCUUCUGCAAGCAGAGCUAUCGAAAAGUUUAAUUUUGAAAAGUUUUUUUUUUUUUUUUCAUUCGAUGCCAUCAAGAA